GGAUGGGUGUGGGCUACCUGUGGCGACUCCUCGGACCCUGUACAGAUCAAGUCGAUCGAGGUCAGCCCAGACCCGCCUCAGGCAGGAAAGAACAUGACCGUUACUGCAAAGGGCACCCUCAAGGGUAGAUUGGAAGAAGGGGCAUACGCUGACGUUGUCGUCAAGCUGGGUCUCAUUAAGCUACUUUCACGCAGGAUCGACAUCUGCGAAGAAGCAAGGGCCAACAACGUCUCUCUACAAUGCCCGGUCGAAGAUGGCGAGCACGAGGUGACUCACACCGUGGAGCUGCCACGAGAGAUCCCGCCCGCCAAGUUCAAUGUCCAUCUCAAUGCAUUCACCGCCGAGGACGCAGACCUGAUGUGCCUGGAUCUCUCCAUCGAUUUC